UUGAGAGAGAGAGACGGAGAGAGAGGGCCAAAAUCACGGAGAGGGAAACCUGUAUUCCCGGAAUCCUACGGUCGCCGGCGCGCCUGAAAAGUUUCGCAUUGCCUUCCACUUUAAACUCUUUGAUUAUAUCGGAGCCUCACACUUGCGGCUCCAAAAGAUCGAGGAAAGCGAACCAGAAGGCCAAAAUAAGCUCUUACCCUGUUUCUUCAAGCCAAAACACUGAUAGAAUGGAACUUAUUUCGUCGGCGGAGGUUAUUCAAGAGACACUGGCCGGCGCUAAAAGAGGCGGUGUUAACGACCAAAUUUUGUUGAUUUGGGGGCAGAUCAAAGCGCCGGUGAUUGUGCCCCUUCUCCGGCUGGCCGUUUUCUUCUGCUUGAUAAUGACCGUAAUGCUGUUCGUCGAGAGGAUCUAUAUGAGCGUUGUGAUAAGCCUGGUGAAGCUGUUUGGCCGGAAACCUGAAAAGAGGUACAAAUAUGAGUCCAUCAAAGACGAUGUUGAAGAAGGCAAUUCGGCUUAUCCCCUGGUUCUCGUUCAAAUCCCAAUGUUCAACGAAAAAGAGGUAUAUCAACUUUCAAUCAGAGCUGUAUGUGGGCUUUCCUGGCCGUCUGAUAGGAUCAUAAUCCAAGUUCUUGAUGAUUCAACAGAUAACACAAUCAAGGCUAUGGUGGAAUUGGAGUGCCAGAGAUGGGCAAGCAAAGGGAUAAACAUAAAGUACGAAGUGAGGGACAACCGGAUCGGGUACAAAGCCGGGGCUCUGAAAGAGGGCCUCAAGCGAGAGUAUGCCAAAAACUGCGAGUUCGUGGUCAUCUUCGACGCCGAUUUCCAACCAGAACCCGACUACCUCCAGCGGGCCAUGCCGUUCCUCGUCCAUAACCCGGACAUCGCCCUCGUUCAGGGUCGUUGGAAGUUCGUUAAUGCAGAUGAGUGCUUGAUGACUAGAAUGCAAGAGAUGUCAUUGGAUUACCAUUUCACGGUGGAGCAAGAAGUGGGCUCUUCCGCUUAUGCCUUCUUCGGCUUCAAUGGGACUGCUGGUGUGUGGAGAAUUGCUGCGAUUAAUGAGGCCGGCGGAUGGAAGGACCGAACAACUGUUGAAGAUAUGGAUUUGGCUGUUCGUGCCGGUAUGAAAGGCUGGAAGUUCCUAUACCUGGGUUCUCUGCAGGUGAAAAGUGAACUGCCAAGCACGUUCAAAGCCUUUCGCUUCCAACAGCACCGAUGGUCUUGUGGCCCGGCCAAUCUUUUUAGGAAAAUGUUUGUGGAAAUCGCGACAAACAAGAGAAUACCGCUGUGGAAGAAGGUGCACGUACUCUACAGCUUCUUCUUGGUCAGGAAGAUUGUGGCUCACAUUGUCACAUUUGUGUUGUACUGUAUCGUGCUGCCGGGGACUGUGUUGAUCCCGGAAGUUGAGGUUCCAAAAUGGGCUGCUGUUUACAUUCCUUGCAUCAUUACCCUUCUCAAUGCAGUCGGAACUCCAAGGUCUGUCCACUUGCUGAUGUUUUGGAUCCUUUUCGAGAAUGUGAUGUCUCUACAUCGGAUGAAAGCAACCCUCAUCGGUCUCCUGGAGACUAGGAGAGUAAACGAAUGGGUUGUCACCGAGAAACUAGGCGAUGCUCUCAAGGCGAAAACAACCGUUAAGGCUAAAAGGCCACGCUCCAGGGUUGUAGAAAGGAUGAACAUGCUAGAGCUUGGCGUGGGCCUCUUCCUCUUCUUCUGCGGUUGCUAUGACUUUGCCUUUGGGAAAAACCAUUUCUUCAUCUUCCUUUUCCUCCAAUCAAUCACCUUCUUCAUCGUCGGGUUUGGCUAUGUUGGCACCUUCGUCCCCAGUUCUUAACUCUUGGGAUUGACAUAUGGUCCAGUUCCCAGAUGCCAGAUUCAGGGGGUUUUGGCAACAUAACGCUUUUUUGUUAAUUUUGAUUUCUGUUUUUCUGUAAACAAAGCUGGUGGUCAUUCUUUUAGCUUAGCCCUAAGAUUCCAGUCAGUGGCUUGAAGAAACGGUGUAUAUUUUCAGAUCAAUGAGAAGAAGCAGCUGAGAAAGAGCGAAGGCAGAAAGAACAUAAUGGGCUCUUUUCAACUCUGCUAUGCCCCUCGAAUAGAUUGUUUUUGUUUUCCUGUUUUUGUUCUGAAUGAAAAUAAAAGAAACAUAUUGCUUCAGGUUUCAAUUUUAUCAACGAAUAUAGUUAUGCUCUGUACCUUUGUUCUUCUCUUCUUCUUCUUCUUCUUCUUCUUCUGUUAGGGCUUUAUUGGAUUUUGAGCCUCUGCAAUCCUACCAGAAUUCAUUUAUUGA